CAUACUAGCAAAUCGGGGAGUGUUCCAAAGAUCGGGAACGCUGCCCUUUAGGAACUGCAGCGACUAUCGCGCAGUUGCUAUAGCUCACAAAAAUGCGAGCACAUCUCGUGCGGCGCCUGGUCCACGCCCGACGCGGGCAGCAUCUGAACCGCUCCGCACUGGCAGCCAUGCCUUCCUCUGCUUCGGCCUGGCACGUGGCGACGCCAUGGGUGAACGCGCGAGCUCCACUCGCCACCAACCUCGCAGCGGCGGCGUCUUGUCGACGGGCGUUCAGCACCGACAUAGAUGCGCGCAUCGCCGCCGAGAACAAGUCCCUCCAGGCGCGAGAUAUGGAAAAGAGCGACCCCGAUGGCGCAAUGGCGCUCUAUCGUGAAGUGCUAAAGGACUACGCUAAGCUCAGGGAUGCAUACGUGGGCCUCGGCGACUAUGCCAACGCGAGAGACGUCCUGGAGCGUGCUGUCGCGAUCGAGGAGCGGGCGUACGGCCGCGACCACCCGACAGUGGCCCUCACGCUGACAACCCUCGGGUGCGCGUACGUCGACUCAGGCGACCACGCCAAGGCGCGAGAGGUCAUGGUUCGCGCGCUCGCAAUCUUUGAGCGGGAGUUCGGCCGCGAUAGCACGUUUGUGGCCACCACGCUGACGAACCUCGGGAUCGCGUACGGCUACUUAGGCGACCAGGCGAAGAAAAGAGACAUGCUGGAGCGCGCGCUGCCGAUCCAGGAGCGGGAGUACGGCCGCGACAGCACGCAAGUGGCCACCACGCUGACGAACCUCGGGAACGCGCACAGCCAAUUAGGCGACCACGCGAAGGCACAACACAUGCUGGAGCGCGCGCUUGCGAUCUUUGAGCGGGAGUACGGCCGCAACCACACGAAUGUGGCCCGGGCGCUGAAUGGCCUCGGGUGCAUGUACGGCGCUUUAGGCGACCACGCCAAGGCGCGAGAGGUCCUGGUUCGCGCGCUCGCGAUCGACGAGCAAGCGCACGGGCCCGAUCAUCCCAGCACGAAGCAGACCAAGGAGAAUCUCGCCAACGUGCAAGCCGACUUAGAGUUCCCGCUGCGCGCUGCGGCAAAGAGAGGCGACGUCGACGCUAUGACUCAGCUCCUGGACGAAGGCGCCAAGGUCAAUGUGACGAUUCAGAACGGCCAGACGCCGCUCUAUAUCGCGUGCGAGCAGGGCCAGAUCGACGCGGCGCGGCUGUUGUUAGAUAAAGGCGCGGAAAUAGACCGCGCGAACGAGCAGGGCGCGACGCCGCUGCUCGUCACGUGCGCUUACGGCCACGUCGAUGCGGCGCGGCUGUUGCUGGAGAAAGGCGCAGAGGUCGAUCGGGCGGACAAGAACGGGCAGACGCCGCUGUACCUCGCCUGCGCUCUCGGCCACGUCGACGUGGCGCGGAUAUUGCUGGAAAAGGGUGCCGACGUUGAUCGGGCGACGGAGAACGGAGCGACGCCGCUGCUCGUCGCCUGCCAUCAGGACCACGUCGACGCGGCGCGGCUGUUGCUGGAGAAAGGCGCAGAGGUCGAUCGGGCGGACAAGAACGGGCAGACGCCGCUGUACAUUGCCUGCCAGAAGGGCCACGUCGACGCAGCGCGGUUGUUGUUAGAUAAAGGCGCGGCGGCCGAUCGGGCGAAUAAGAACGGUGUGACGCCGCUAUGGACCGCCUGCUACUGUGGCCAAGUCGACGCGGUGCGGCUGUUGCUAGAUAAAGGCGCGGCGGUCGAUCGGGCGUCUGAGGACCGUGGGACGCCGCUGCACGUCGCCUGCCAUCAGGGCCACGUCGACGUGGCGCGGCUGCUGCUGGACAAGGGCACGGAGGUCAAUCGGGUGGGCAAGGACGGUGCGACUCCGCUGUACCUCGCCUGCCAGAACGGCCAUGUCGACGCGGUGCGACUAUUGCUGGAGAAAGGCGCGGAGGUCGACCGGGCGGAGAAGCAAGGUGCGACGCCGCUGUUCAUCACCUGCCAGCAGGGCCAGGUCGAUGCGGCGCGGUUAUUGCUGGACAACGACGCGGAGGUCGAUCGGGCGGCGGAGGACGGCCGGACGCCGCUAUGGACCGCCUGCUACGAGGGCCACGUCGACGCUGCGCGGCUGCUGCUGGACAACGGCGCGGCGGUCGAUCGGGCGCAAAAGCAGGGCGCG